AGAUCUUAUCAUGUGGGAACAAAGUUUUGCAACAGAACUACUAGUAAGCCACUAAAUACAAUAACUGGAUAAGUAUGUGCCUGGCUGUGGUGAUUGGACAAUUAAUGGAAUGUGUGACGUGAAGCAAAGUUAUGUCACAAUGCACGAGCCUGUUUAGUGCAGUAAUAUAAUUGCAGGCGUGUUUGGUAAACAAUAACUGCAUACUAUUAUGGUAGAAACCAGCUCAUAAUACACUUUAUCCUCCAGUUUGCACUUCAUGUGGAAUAGAAAUGUCUCUUGUCCCCGUAACCAUAAAUCUUCGCUGUAAAACUAUGUGUAAGCCAACAUUUUGACAGAAACGUCCUGAAGGCAACUUUAAGGUUUUUCAUGGAGGAAAUGAUUGUGAAGCAAUUCAUUUUUAUGCUAGAUAUUUUUCAUUAUACCACAAUACAGCCAACUUUACAAUGGCCACUUGUUUACUGUCAACAUCAGCAGUAUGAGCUGAUUAGUUUCAAGGCAAAUGUUACACAGUACACUGCAUAUAUUGUGUAUGCUCAAAAAACUACAUACAAUGAGAUUAUGCACAUGUUUUUGAGGUGCUCCAGGCUUUAACGUGAGAUUAUUAUAAAAUUGUUUUAACACCCUUAAAACAUAAAGUCUAUUGUGCCUGUAUACUCCGGGAACCAGCAGGUACUGAAAAAGAAAAGGAAUAGUCAAGACUUCUUGUCUGGUACGUAAAAAAACCUGACAUGAUUUGAACGUUGAUCAUGUACUGUAUGGUACAUACUGUAAGGUAUGAUUAUGUUUGAUAUUCAAGUUCACAUUGUGUACAGAAAAUUUUCUACGUAUUCUGUAAUUCCCACCCCUUUUUUAAAGAUUAGGGAUUACCAAUGGCGGACUUGUCUUAAGGGAUAAACAACAGGGAUAAAGCUUCUCUCUGACCAGCCUCCGUGAGUUAACACAGAAGAAUACCUAGAAAGGGAAAGGGAAGAGGACAGAUAAGUUGUGUGGAUCCAUCACUUCUCAAAACGAGGAAAACGCUAGCAUCAAGUCCUCCACGUGACUAAAUACCCAUUUCUAAUCUUAGAAGCAGCAUGGACACACAGUUUUUCUACGACUUUUUAGGGGAAAAUGCUUGGCUGUACAUCAGUGGUACCUUAGUGGUGUUGUGGUUCAUCGUGUGGCUGUAUAGAGACAGCCUGGAGAUUGAGGACAUUAGUAACAAAUAUGUCUUUGUGACCGGGUGCGACUCAGGGUUUGGAAACCUGCUGUGUAAGAAGCUUGAUCGUAAAGGUUUCCGUGUACUGGCUGGCUGUCUCACAGAAAAGGGAGCUGAUGACCUGAAGAGGGUAGCGGGGCCUUAUUUGAAGACUGUCCUGUUGGAUGUGACCAGUCAGGAUAGCAUCGAAAAUGCCAUGGAGUGGACCAAGAAGGAGGUCGGCGAUAAGGGGCUUUGGGGUAUUGUGAACAACGCUGGACGCUCAUUACCCAUGGGUCCAUCAGAGUGGAUGAGAGUGGAGGAUUUCCACAGCACACUUAAAGUUAACAUGAAUGGAGUGAUUGCCAUGACGAUGACCUUUCUGCCCCUCGUCAAAAAGGCUCAUGGCCGCAUUGUGAAUGUAGCAUCUGUGCUGGGCAGGGUAGCUGCAAAUGGAGGUGGAUACUGCAUCUCCAAGUUUGCAGUGGAGUCUUUCUCUGACUGCCUCAGGAGAGAUAUACACUACUUUGGAAUCAAUGUGUGUAUUAUUGAGCCCGGGUUUUUCAAGACUGCGGUGACAAGCCUCGAUCCCCUCGAGAGGGAGCUGCACCGCCUGUGGAACCAGCUCAGCCCAGAAGUACAAGCCAGCUAUGGAGACAAGUAUCUUGAUAAGUACAUCAAGGUACAGCGCUUGAUCAUGAAUGCUGUCUGUGACACUGACCUUACCAAGGUGACCAGCUGCAUGGAGCACGCUCUGACUGCGGCCUACCCACGCACCAGAUACAGUGCUGGCUGGGAUGCCAAGUUUCUCUGGAUCCCCCUCUCUUACAUGCCUUCCUGCGUGGUUGAUAUUGGGCUGUGGCUUGUGCUGCCUCGUCCUUCAAAGAGCGUGUAAUGACUUUGAGAAUAUUUCUUCCAAGUUAGCAGCUCUUUUGUGUCAUUUUGAUGCAGUACAGAGGUUGAAAUAAUUUUUUUUUGCCUUUCGAAAUACCCAUAUUCCUUAUCUACAUCAGCCAAGCAAUGAUCUCAUGUUGCAGUUAUUAUAUUUAUAUGUGCAUAAUCUGCAAUGUAAAAGUUUGCUUGCUACAAUAAUAAAAUAUUAAUAAUAAAAAAAGAAUGAGACUGUAUUAUACACUUUUCUGUUGAAUUUUUUAUUAUUUGUUAACACUAUGCUGUGCCUUUUGAAACUCCUGCGAUCGUCCCUUGAUUUGGAUACUGUUAACCAUCAGAGGUUAAAUAAUCAGGAUUUUACUAUCAAGAAACUGUUUCUCGAAAGCAAAAAAGAUCAGCUUAUUGUGGACACAAAUUAAAGAAAUACAAUGAAAAUAUGUAUAAUAUAUAACUAUCCACAAUUACAACAAUGUGUAGCCACAUGAUGAUGGUUUCUGAAUAUCCUUGUGUAAUGUGAACAAAGAUGUAUAAAAAAUUUUACACAUCGGUGACUUUCAUGUUUUGAUUUUAGUGCGAGGGGUGAG